AUGGCCGCCCAGCUUCAAGCAUUACUUCGCUUCCUUUCGCAGGACGCCAAAGUCCCGCUCGCAUCUGCCAUGGGCAAGAUCAAAGACCUUCAAGCGGCUGGACUACAGAGUGCUGAUGAUAUAUCGCGCUCAAAUCUGGAUACAAUACAAUCCAUCUUCAAAGAUGGCAAAGUCGCCAAACAAGUCCUUAAUGCCGCGAAACGGGUGACCAAGAAUGGUCAAAAGCGAGGGGCAUCCGCCUCAGAAGAACAGUCUUCCUCAACCAAAAAAGCAAAACUUUCCAAUGCUGUUGCAGGUGUAAAUCGUACACCCUACGAAAUAGAAUCCUCCCUCUCCCUCCCCCUAACCUCCGAGUCCGAAGAGACUCUCUCCCAAACAAUCCUGAGAACUAACCGCGCACCACUCGUUCUCGCCUUUGCGGUUGCAGUGCUGAAAUACACAAUGCCAGAACAGCCGAUGUCUAGUAGGCUCAGUCUCGGCCAGGCGGUUGUUAGCGCGAAUAGUCGUAGUAAAGCGAUUAGUUUGGGGAUUGUGUCUGCCCCCGCUGCAGCUGAUGAUGAGCAGAAAUGGGCGGAGGGGCAGCCGAAAGUCAAGAUUUUGGGGAGGGAGGUGCCGGUGUUGAAGAGGUGGGAUUAUGAUCCGUUUGAGGGUGGGCCUGAACGGAAAGAAGAGGAAGCUGGCGAGAAGGCUGAUACGGGACUGCCUCCGCUUUGGGGUCUUGAUCUUGAGGCUUUGAAAAAAAAGGAAAAGAAUGUGGACGUUGUUGGUAUGAGAUCAGGUCGCACUCAGAGCCAGACGACAGCGGGACUUCCGAUCCAUACGCCGGAAUCAGCACGAUCAUAUCUGCUAAAAUCUUUCACCAUCCUUAAGGAGAAUGGCGAAGAUACAGAUAAUACCAAGAAAAAGAAAUCCACAGACUCUCUCGCUGAGAAGGAGAGAUGUCUCGGUCUCUUACUUCAAGCGCUGGAUAUAUCGAUCUCGUCUUGGGCAACGACACUUUCAGCGGAGGAACUAGACAAACGGGCGUGGACCUGGUAUGUACGCGUACGACCUGAGGUACAAACAGGUGUUGCAGGAUGGGGUGAAAAGGGCAGUCUUAAACUCGCUGAUAUACUGUCCUUGAAGCGUGGUUUUCUUCUCACUAUUCAUUAUAAAUAUAUUUAUUCGUUAUUCCGGAUAAACGAACCCCAGCGGACAGACAGUCAACUAUCAACGACAUUAACCGAAUGCGAAAAAUUAUUCGGCAGCCUUGCCCUCGACGUUCUCGAGAUUGGUUACUUCAGGCAUAUUCUUACCACAUGCAGCCUUCUCCAACUCAGUCUCCUUCUCUCUAGAGACUGCGUGGUUGACGUUGACAUCAGCGUCACGAUCAGUGUCCAUGUCAUCGCUCUUGGAGAGGUUGAUUUAGAUAUUUAG